GCAGAUGAGGAGCUGUCAAUGUCAAUGUCAGUUGCAGAUCUGCCAGAUCCUCGGGCAUCUGGGCAGUGAUCAGGAUGCUGUUGCUGCCCGCAGUGCGUUUACCCCGCAUCCAGACAAUUUUGUGUUAAGAGCCCCACCAUACCUUGUGGAAACGUUCUGGAAGCUCAACCUCCAAGCUCCAAAGAAGAGACCCCACCUCAGCUUUCAUCACAAGGGCCUCCUCGGCCUCCUCUCAUUGUCUCUGUUGACCACCACCUCGCCUAAUCCGCGUCGCCGGGACUUUGGAGUUCAACCAUGGAAAACCGCGCUGCUCAGCCGCGUCACAACACCGUCGGACAACACGGGCAGCCAGUCUCACGCGCGCGACCAUCCAAUCGGGCACUCGGUUUUUGAACAAGUAUAUUGGCAGACGGCAUCCAUUGUAUCGUACUCUAAAAGACAACAGUCCGGGUGCCGUUCAAAAACACCCUCCUCUCGGCAUACCACUUGACGGCGGCCGCAAGCACUUGGCUCUCUACGUUGGAUCCCUCGUCCACCAGCGCCUUGGGGCUCAGGCUGUGGUCCACGCGGGCAACGCGCUGCUCAAUGAUGGGCCCCUCGUCAAGGUCGGCCGUGACAAAGUGCGCCGUGGCACCGAUAAUCUUGACACCGCGGUCGUAGGCCUGGUGGUAGGGCUUGGCGCCCUUGAAACUUGGCAAGAAGCUGUGGUGGAUGUUGAUGAUCUUGCCGCUCAUGGCCUCGCACAGCGUCGGGCUCAGCACCUGCAUGUAGCGCGCCAGCACCACAAGCUCGACAUUGUGCUCUUUGAUGAGUUCCAGGAUCUGGCCCUCCUGCGCCGCCUUGGUGUCCUUGGUGACGGGGAGGUGGCGGAAUUCGAUGCCGUAGCUGGCGGCGAGGGGUGCAAAGUCUGGGUGGUUGGACACGAUGAGGGGGAUUUCGAUGGGAAGCUGGCCCGUCUUGGCGCGGAAGAGGAGGUCGUUGAGGCAGUGGCCAAUCUUGGAUACCAUGAUGAGGACCUUUGGCUUUUGUGCCACGGGCCGGAUGUCGUACGUCAUGUCAUACUCGCCAGCCAGCUUCUCAAAGUGCGGGCGCAAGAACUCGGGCGACUCGGUCGGUGUUGGGCCAAAGUGCACACGCAUGAAGAAUUUUUCUGUGACGGGAUCCGAAAACUGCUGCAGGUCGAUGAUGUUGACCUUUUCGCCGGCGAACACGCCCGUCACGGCGUGAACGAUGCCCGGCUUGUCAGGGCACGACAGCGUCAGGAAGUGGUCGUUGGCCAUUGUUGAAAUGCGUGCUGGGUGGUUGAUCACUGGCUGCGCGUUGGAGAUGUGUCCACUGUGGAGUUUGGAGUGUGGACGCUAGGGUUAGGGUACCUGCAUUUCGCUUGGCAACCCCUGAGAGGCACGAGAUCUCGGAGCGACGACUUGACGUGUUGCAGUGCGGGAAUGAUAUUGGUUUUGGCACACCGGUGUGUCACAGUCUGGACAACAUGGACACCUGGUCUUUUCUGAGCUCAUGCCCCGGCCAGGGUGCUCUUUUGACGACAGCAGAUCGAUAUCAUGAGCAGGAAAUCUUGACCGGCUGGUUCACGUUUCAAAAGACUGUCGACAUGGCGUGCUUGUUUGGUCUCUUGCUGCUUCUGUCAGCGGCUCUCCCUUGCUCCUUUGCUGUUUCUCAGUGGAAUGAGGAAGUCGUGAACGGCAUCCCUUACCGCACCUUUUACCACGCAGACACCAACAGCAAACUUUCGAUAGUCAGUAACUCUGGUAUCUGCGAGACAACCCCCAAUGUGAAUCAACUCAGCGGAUACAUCCGCAUCAGCGAGAACAUCAACCUCUUCUUUUGGUUCUUUGAGUCUCGCAACAGCCCUGCAACCGCCCCUUUGGCUCUGUGGCUCAACGGUGGCCCAGGAUGCAGCUCGAUGCUUGGUCUCUUUGUCGAACAUGGGCCUUGUCGUUUUCCUGAUGGAUCGCCAGCGGGAUCUGACCCAGUGCUGAAUGAAGAGAGCUGGAACAGCUACGCCAACAUGCUCUACCUUGAUCAGCCCGUUGGUGUGGGUUUCAGCUAUGGGGUAGGCCAAGUCAACGCCACCACCCAGGGCUCGGUCUAUGUGUGGACGUUUCUGCAGGCCUUUCUUGCCGCCAAGCCUGAGCUAGCCAAGUCGCAGUUUGGCCUCUUCACUGAGAGCUAUGGCGGACAUUACGGGCCGGACAUUGUCCGCUUUAUCCAGCAGCAAAACAAGGUCGUAGACCAAAACGUUUCCAACGCAGUCAAGAUCGACAUUAUCGCCUUAGGAAUCAACAAUGGCUGGGUCGACCCCAAGCUCCAGUUUCCUGCGUACCUCGAUUUUGGACUCACCAACAACUACAGGCAACUUGUGAAUCAGUCACAGUAUUCAACUGGAAUCACUCUAUACCAACAACGAUGCGUUCCGGCGUUGCAAAACUGCACCGUGACCACAGGAACAGCGGAAGAUUGCAACCAUGCCCAUAACACCUGUUACGAUGCGUUGGGUCUCUUUACCGUGGAGCUCCAGCGAUUCGACCUGUACGACGUCAGAAGGGUCGACACAUGGACCGGGAUCCCAGGAACAGAUAUGUACCAUGAGUAUCUGGCGAGGUCUGACGUGAAGGAUGCCAUUGGCGCUCAGCGCGACUAUACCGAGUGUUCCGACGUCGCCUGGGGGCUGUUUGACAGUACCGGAGACCCAUCGAGAUCCUUCCUCGGUGAGCUGAGCGAGGUUGUCCAGUCAGGUGUGAGAGUGCUGUUGUGGGCCGGGGAUGCCGAUUAUCUUUGCAACUGGAUGGGCAAUCUUGCUGUUGCGAACGCGAUUGACUAUUCUGGGCAGCUUGACUUUGUCAAGAGAGGCAUGAGCGCCUAUCAAGUCAACGGAACAUCUUUCGGCGAGUUCAAGACGGUCGAGAACUUGAGCUGGCUUCGAGUGUAUAGUGCGGGGCAUCUUGUAUCCUCGGAUCAACCCCGAGCCGCACUGCAGGCAUUCCGCCAGACCAUGGAAAACAGACCACUGGAAGCAACUUGA